AUGGAGAGGAGCCAACUUGUCAACAUGAGGCAGGCCCUUUUUGAUGAGGGAUUUCUUGGCGAACAGUUUGUUCGGCUGGAGGAACUGCAAGAUGAUUCUGAACCCAAAUUCGUAGAAGAAAUGAUUACAUUGUUCUUCAGUGAUUCUGCUCGAUUGAUUCAGAAUAUAGAGCAAGCCUUGGAGAAAACUCCUAUGGACUUCUCUGAGUUGGACAACCUCUUGUCUCAGGUCAAUGGACAGUGUUUAAGCACUGGAACCAAGAGGGUGCAAAAUGAAUGCACACAAUGCAGGGAGCACUGCAAGGCAGAAGAUGAAGAAGGAUGCAGGAGGGCCUUCCAACGGCUCAAGGAAGAACGUGCAACUCUCAAGCACAAGCUUGAUGCUUAUUUUCAGUUGGCAACACAAAUCGGACCUGUGGAGACCGGGAGCCCCUCCAGCUCCAAGUGAGGACUCAACUGAAGCAUUGAUCAGUUGAUGGUUUGGAGAGAUCAACGUAAUUGUAAGGCUGCACUAGGCUGGGUUUU